AUGAGCACGCUUGGAUCCCGGAAGAUGCAGGUCUUAGAACAUGAGUAUGUUUUGCUUACGCUCUUCCAUCAAUCUCAGUCGAAAUUGACCCGUAACAUCCUUUCAGAAAAAACUGCAGAGACCCUGCAUCGCGACAACGAUUCCAUGCCACCAGUACCUGGUGCAUCGUGCCUUUUCAUGUCCUCAUGCCCCUCUCAGAGCCUUGUGGCCAAGGAGAGGGAGCUCGGCAACCUCCGGAAGGUGGAUCGCGAGGAUCUCCGCUCUGAGAAUGCUCGGCUCCUGAACCAGCUCGCGAAGGCGCGGAAUACCGUGACCACGCUGCGAAAACAGCUCGAGGAGUCAAAUGCCGCGCGCGACCGGGAAAGGCUACGUGCGGAGAGCCUCCAAAAUGUGGCGCGGGAGCUCCAGCGUCGCUUAGAGGAGGAGUGCGCCAAGGCGAACGUCCUGCAAAAGACGAUAGCGAACGCGAUCAGCACCUCGGCUGGUAGCAAGCAAGCAGACACCAACGACAGUCGAGCUGCAUCAAUCGUCCAGAUCCAAGGAGUCACGGCAAGGGUUGUGGCAAUGAGCUUGCCGGCACAAGCAGACGAGCGCGCUGGCGCGGAUGAUGAAGCAGAGGAUGUUGGACAUCUAGAGGCAGCGCUCGAUGAAAUGCUUCGAGAUGCAGAUGCCUCGCAGGGGGACUUCUAUGACCUCGUUGCCCGCUUGCCGUUGCACUGCUGGGCCUGCGAAUGGAUCUCCCCAAAGCCAGGGGUUCUACAAAGCUGCAGCCUGGUUCCGAAGAUCGGAGCCAUGGGCCUCCUUGGCAGCCGCCUCAAGGCCUUAGGCGCCGAAGUGGUGCUCAGCGUCGGCAGUGGCUCUGGGCUGAUUGAGUGGCUGCUGUCGCCUCGGUUUCCAGUCGUUUGUGUCGAUUACUACUACAGGCCCAGCGCGACAGGUGAUGUAGACUCCUGGGUCCUGGCGCCUCUCCACGAUGACUUGAGACGCUCGUGGAACGAAGAUGACACUCGACUGUCCUUCGUCAAGCCUGGCGACGACUCUGCUCUACAAAAGGUGCUCAACAGCCGGCGCACAGCGGCGCUUUUCGUUUGGCCACAGCUGGACCUGACCUCCCUCCAAAGCUACGCCCUGGCGGUUGGAAGCAGCCUCUGCGGCAUGGUCUUCGUGGUCGGAGAGAACUGCUCGCCUUCGCCUGUCGCAGCUGCCGCGGCCUUCAACUGCGAUGUGGGUGAGUCUGAGGAGGUAGUUUCGCGCCGCAUUUGCAUGAUAGUCUUUAACAAGUUUACAGCAGAGACAGUAAUGAUCACUAAUGCUGGGAUGGCAUUCCUUCGGAAACUCCUGCCCUUCUUUGCAGGUUCCUUGCCUCACGCAGCCCUGUCAGCUGACGAGUUUCGCCAUGACGGCGACCUGCGAUGA